CAACAAAACAAUCAGUUCAGCGGUUGAAAGACACGACAAUCAAAUUCUUUUUUCGUCUAGUCAAGUAAAUUCAAGUUAAAAUGUGUGGAAUCGCCAUCAUCAAUGUCAUUCUAGGAUGUCUCGCCUUCAUCUUUCAGAUAAUGGCGCUGUUCGUUUCAGAUGAUUUUCACACUUACUUGCAGGAUUUGGCGUUUGCGGGAAUUUGGGGUGGAGUUUAUCUCAUCUUGUUUGGUGCCUUACUGAAAAAUCACAAAAUCGGAUCGGGGACCAUCAAAGUUAUGGCGGUUGGUGGCGUGAUAAUCGGCGCGAUUCUAAUCGGAUUGUAUUCGUGGAACAUCAAUACGUACCCAUUGCCAGUUGAUGGUUGUCAAGGCUGGGACUAUUACAAUCCGCCUACCAUCCUCCUAUCAUGCAGCCGAGUCGUCGUUGAUUCGCUGUUGAUUGGCUGCGGCAUUUUGAUUGUUCUAGUCAACACCAUCAUAGCUUCAAAGGCAUCCUCGUUGGUUUUUACCAGUUACUAAUUCAAACUCAAUUGUUUCCCGUGUUCGCCAUAAUAUAUGGGUUGUUUGAG